AUGAUCGUCACUCCUGUCCUCGGCAGGCGUCAUCAAGGGCAGAUCCGCAUCACUGGUCAUCGGCUUCAUCGUGGUCCUAGGCUUCCUCGUGGUCCUGGCCUCCUAGCUUUCAGAUUUACUAGCAGCUUCGGCAAGCAGCUUCGCCGCCCGGUACUGCUUUUCCCUUUGAUAGUCGCGGAUGACUAUAAUGAUGACGGCAAUAGUUAUCGCAGAGAGUACGAUACUAAAGACGAUGGUUACGAUGAGACCAGCUGUGUCGAGCGAGUCCUUGCGCGUGAGACAGAUGUCGGGUGUACUGGAAAAGCAGAUCUUGCCUGGGGCGCAGGAAGCGCUAAGGGAAGUCAGCAGGCACCGAUUGCGCUGGCCGAUACAGAAGAUGUGCUCAUUGGAGAGAAAGAUGGGGAGAUUCCUGAUGUGGAGGAUGCCGUGCUGCUGCUGGAGGUAGAUUGGGAGGACGAGGAAGGUUCGGAUGUCGUUAUGGCUUCUACGCUGGCGGCGGAGACUGCAGUCGCCGUCAGCUCAGCUAUGGGGCCAGAUGAAAUGUCUGCUCUCUUCUUCUUCAGAUCCUCCUGGCCAGCUCGACAAACACCGGCGGAACGAGCGUCGUGCAGGCUUUCUUUCUGUCUGGGACUGGGACUGGGACUGGGACUGGCACUGGGUCUGGGUCUGGGUCUGGGUCUGGGACUGGGUCUGGAUCUAUACCGGGGCCUGUCAUCGGCUUCAUGUCAUGUCUGUAGCCGUAAGGAGCAGCCAACCAGGCAAGUUGUCGGGGGUUUGAGAAAGGCGCCGGUGCGUGCCGACCGUGCCUCCAUGGGUAGUGGUCGGGAGAGGAUGGAAAAGAGACGAAAGGCAGAAAGAAAGCGAAAGAAGAGAAAAGCUUUGGUCAAGCUUCAAGUCAAAGGGCUUCACGUCAAAAGUAAAAGACCUUUCGCCACCAACACCACCACUACCUCCCAAGCAACCCUCAACAUGCCUCUCGUCGUCCCAGGAAUCAACUCGGGUGGCGAGGAGAACAACAAGACGACCGAGUGGAUGAACAAGCUGGUCGGCAAGAAGAUUGGGGAGACGAGUGAUGCUACCACCUUCGCCCGAACCGAGCUCCCCGAGGAGACGAGAGUUAUCGAGCCCAACAUGGCGGUGACAAUGGACCUCAAACCGGAGAGGAGGAUGGAACCGUCUCGCAUGUCAGCCACGGGUAGAAGAGUUGCCAGUGGUGGGGAGUCAAUCAAUCUCACAACCAGCAUCUACCAAAUCUCCAUCGCCCAUCCCCAUCGCCGUCUCGACCCAACGACGACAACAAAGUUCACGAUGUUUAAAAAAGACCUCUCCCCCGGAUCAAAAUCCAAAGUCAAAUCCUCCGUCCAGCGCGCCAUCCGCACACAGCUCGUCCAGACAUAUCCCUUACUAGCACCACACAUCGACGAGAUAGUCCCCAAGAAGGAGCAGCUGGAUGCCAUGAAGAUCCCCGACAGAGUAACCCUCUAUCUGAUCGGCAGCACCCCCCUCUUCUUCCAACACAUGACCGACGCCCUGCUGCCGCACCUCCGCCUCGUGCACCGCUUCCCCACCUGCUUCCCCUCCAUCCGCAUCGACCGCGGCGCCAUCCGCUUCGUGCUCUCCGGCGCCACGCUCAUGGCUCCCGGCCUGACAUCCGCCGGCGGGCGGCUUCCAAACGGCGACGACGAAGAGACGGGCGCGUAUGGAGAGACCAAGGGCCCGAAUAGUGGGUGGUAUGGAGGACGGGAGCUGGAAAAGGGCGAGCCCGUCGUGGUGUGUGCCGAGGGGAAGGAGGAGGCGUGUGCGGUGGGCUUGCUGAGUAUGGGGACGAAGGAGUGUAAGGAGAAGGGGAAGGGCCCGGUGGUGGAAGAGGGGCAUUUUCUGGGCGAUGGGCUGUGGAGGCUGAGUACAGAUUGA